ACUGCAGUGUUACGUUAUCAAUCAUUAUUCGGUAGUUUUCGCAAUGUUCAGGUGGAUGGAUAGGAAGCAUCGAUCUCUGAUGUUCCCAUCACUGAUUAAACGAAGGUCAUUUUAUUUAGUGAACAUGAUGGCUUACUUGCUACACCAUGUUAGCUGACAAAGCGUACGUCACCAAACGCUAGCUCGCUCCAGCUAACUGCCUCGCCUGUGUUGCUUGCAAAUAUGCCGUUAGCCGUUUUGGGUAGCACGCUUUAUACUACCAGGGUAACAGUGACUAGUUUUCUGGGUUUCCCGUAAUGAAACUAGUUGGGAUACACUCUUCCCUGUUGUGUUGUUUGGGAGCUCCAUGCCAGCAAUUAUGACAAUCCUAGCAGACCGCGCAGCCCAGCAGCUGCUGGAUUUCAACCAGAAACUGGAUAUCAACUUGCUGGACAAUGUUGUGAAUUGUAUGUACAACGACAUUGGAUCACAGCAAAGAAUGGCACAGGAGGUUUUGACCCAUUUGAAAGAGCAUCCGGACGCCUGGACGAGAGUAGACACCAUCUUGGAGUUCUCGCAGAAUAUGAAUACUAAAUACUACGCGCUUCAGAUUCUCGAAACCGUCAUAAAGACAAGGUGGAAGAUUCUUCCCAGAAAUCAGUGUGAAGGAAUAAAGAAGUAUGUGGUUGGGCUCAUUAUCAAGACCUCAUCUGAUGCAUCAAAUGUUGAAAAAGAGAAGGUGUAUAUUGGAAAACUCAACAUGAUCCUGGUCCAGAUUCUGAAGCAGGAGUGGCCAAAACACUGGCCAAACUUCAUCAGCGACAUUGUGGGCGCCAGCCGCACCAGUGAGAGCCUGUGUCAGAACAACAUGGUCAUCCUAAAGCUGCUGAGCGAGGAGGUGUUUGACUUCUCCAGUGGGCAGAUGACCCAGGUCAAGGCCAAGCACCUGAAAGACAGCAUGUGCAAUGAGUUCUCACAGAUAUUCCAGCUUUGCCAAUUUGUCAUGGAAAACUCCCAGAAUGCCCCUCUAGUUCAUGCCACACUGGAGACACUGUUGCGAUUUCUGAACUGGAUUCCUCUGGGGUAUAUAUUUGAAACCAAACUCAUCAGCACACUUGUGUACAAGUUCUUGAACGUCCCGAUGUUCCGCAAUGUGACCCUGAAGUGCCUGACGGAGAUCGCGGGCGUGAGCGUGAGCCAGUACGAGGAGCAGUUCGUCACUCUGUUCACACUCACCAUGAUGCAGCUCAAACAGAUGCUUCCUUUGAACACAAAUAUCCGCCUGGCGUACGCCAAUGGAAAAGACGACGAGCAGAACUUCAUCCAGAACCUGAGCCUGUUCCUGUGCACCUUCCUGAAGGAGCACGGGCAGCUGAUCGAGAAGAGACUGAAUCUGCGAGAGACCCUGAUGGAGGCUCUGCAUUACAUGCUGCUGGUGUCAGAGGUGGAAGAGACGGAGAUCUUUAAGAUCUGCCUGGAGUACUGGAACCACCUGGCAGCAGAGCUGUACAGAGAGAGCCCCUUCUCCACCUCCACGUCCCCGCUGCUCACGGGGAGCCAGCACUACGAUGUGCCCCCGCGCCGGCAGCUCUACCUGCCUGUGCUCUCAAAGGUUCGUCUGCUGAUGGUGAGUCGAAUGGCCAAGCCGGAGGAAGUCCUAGUGGUGGAAAACGACCAAGGAGAAGUGGUCAGAGAAUUCAUGAAAGACACCGACUCGAUCAACCUGUAUAAGAACAUGAGAGAGACCCUGGUGUACCUCACGCACUUGGACUACGCGGACACGGAGCGCAUCAUGACGGAGAAGCUGCACAAUCAGGUGAACGGGACGGAGUGGUCCUGGAAGAACCUCAACACCUUGUGCUGGGCCAUCGGCUCCAUCAGCGGGGCCAUGCACGAAGAGGAUGAGAAGAGGUUCCUCGUCACUGUCAUCAAGGAUUUACUGGGGCUUUGUGAGCAGAAGCGGGGAAAGGACAACAAGGCCAUCAUCGCCUCGAACAUCAUGUACAUCGUGGGCCAGUACCCUCGCUUCCUGCGGGCCCACUGGAAGUUCCUAAAAACUGUGGUCAACAAGCUGUUUGAGUUCAUGCAUGAGACCCAUGACGGUGUGCAGGACAUGGCGUGUGACACCUUCAUCAAGAUUGCACAGAAGUGCAGGAGGCAUUUUGUCCAGGUGCAGGUCGGGGAAGUCAUGCCCUUCAUUGAUGAGAUCCUGAACAACAUCAACACCAUCAUCUGUGACCUCCAGCCACAGCAGGUCCACACAUUCUACGAGGCAGUGGGCUACAUGAUCGGAGCUCAGACAGACCAGGCAGUGCAAGAGCACCUUAUUGAGAAGUACAUGCUGCUGCCCAACCAGGUGUGGGAUAGCAUCAUCCAGCAGGCAACUAAGAAUGUGGACAUCCUGAAGGACCCAGAGACGGUGAAACAGCUCGGCAGCAUCCUCAAGACCAACGUGAGGGCGUGCAAGGCGGUGGGGCACCCCUUCGUCAUCCAGCUUGGUCGCAUCUACCUGGACAUGCUCAAUGUAUACAAGUGCCUCAGCGAGAACAUCUCUGCUGCCAUACAGACUAAUGGAGAGAUGGUAACCAAGCAGCCUUUGAUUAGAAGUAUGAGGACGGUCAAAAGGGAAACGCUGAAAUUAAUUUCAGGUUGGGUCAGUCGCUCAAAUGAUCCACAAAUGGUGGGGGAGAAUUUUGUGCCACCGCUGUUGGAUGCGGUGCUAAUUGAUUAUCAGAGGAACGUCCCUGCUGCCAGAGAACCCGAGGUCCUCAGCACCAUGGCAACCAUUGUCAACAAGCUUGGUGGACACAUCACAGGAGAGAUUCCCCAGAUAUUUGACGCCGUCUUUGAAUGUACCCUAAACAUGAUCAACAAAGACUUCGAGGAAUAUCCUGAGCAUCGAACACAUUUCUUCUACCUUUUGCAAGCUGUCAAUUCACAUUGCUUCCCUGCAUUCCUGGCCAUUCCCCCUGCACAGUUCAAGCUGGUGCUGGACUCCAUCAUCUGGGCUUUCAAACACACAAUGAGAAACGUAGCUGAUACAGGUCUGCAAAUACUUUACACUCUCCUUCAGAACGUUGCCCAGGAGGAGGCUGCAGCCCAGAGCUUCUAUCAGACAUAUUUCUGCGACAUCUUGCAACACAUCUUCUCUGUGGUUACGGACACAUCGCACACUGCUGGGUUAACAAUGCACGCAUCUAUCCUUGCAUACAUGUUCAACCUGGUGGAGGAGGGUAAAAUUAGUGUUUCCCUCAACCCUGCAAAUCCAAUCAACAACCAAGGAUUCAUUCAGGAGUAUGUUGCUAACCUGCUCAAAACUGCCUUCCCACACUUGCAAGACGCACAAGUGAAAGUAUUUGUGACAGGACUGUUCAGUCUAAAUCAAGAUAUUCCAGCUUUCAAAGAACACCUUAGGGACUUCUUGGUACAGAUAAAGGAGUUUGCAGGAGAGGACACCACGGACCUGUUCUUGGAGGAGAGGGAGGCAUCCCUGCGCCUGGCCCAGGAGGAGAAACACAAGCUGCAGCUCUCUGUUCCCGGCAUCCUGAACCCACAUGAGAUUCCAGAGGAGAUGUGUGACUGAGCACAGACUAAUGAAUUGUAUAGUUGUAAAAAAUAAAACAAACAAAAAACAUAAAGCCAAGAGUCAUGGAAGCUCUUCCACGGGUUACGCGUAAGCCAGCCCUCAGGAGAAUCCAGCCCUUUGGUGUUUCUCGACCAAAAUGAUGCCAAUGUGUAAAUUAUACCGUGUCACCCAAUGGCCCUUUUUACACAGUAUGCGUUUUAUAUGGAGACUUGUGUAAUACCUUUCCAUUGUUAAUUCAAGCUUAUGUUUGGUCAUGUUUCUUUAUUUAGAGCUGCAUGAAGUAAGAAUUAAAGACAUUAACUUUCUCCCCCUUUUCCCCUUGCCCAUUUAUUUGUUUGUACGGAAUAUAUAACUUGCAGGAGAGCCGUUUCUGUGCAAAAGGGUCUAUGUCCAAAGUUGGACAGAAAGGCCUUGAAGUACAGUGUUGCGGGCAUGAUUUGUUGUAGGACUAAGGGGUGCUUUGAGGUGUGUGCCUAGCAUCCGGUCCCUGCUGCACAGCAGGAGAAUGUGAGGUU